AUGGCAUUAGUUGAUUUAACAUUAUACGCAUAUAAUUUCUUUAUGACAUUAUCAACAUUUCAACAAAUCUCAUUAUGUAUAAUUAUACCAUUCAUUUAUAAUAUACUAUGGCAAUUACUAUAUUCAAUGAGAAAAGAUAGAGUACCAUUAGUAUUUUAUUGGAUUCCAUGGUUUGGAUCAGCUGUACAAUAUGGUCAAAGACCUUACGAAUUUUUUGAAGAAUGUAGACAGAAAUAUGGUGAUGUUUUUGCAUUUAUGUUAUUAGGUAAAAUUAUGACAGUUUAUUUAGGUCCAAAAGGUCAUGAAUUUGUUUUCAAUGCAAAAUUAAGUGAAGUAAGUGCUGAAGAUGCUUAUCAACAUUUAACUACUCCUGUUUUUGGUAAAGGUGUUAUUUAUGAUUGUCCAAAUUUUAGAUUAAUGGAACAAAAAAAAUUUGCAAAAUUUGCUUUAACUACUGAUUCUUUUAGAAGAUAUGUUCCAUUAAUUAGAAAUGAAGUUUUGAACUAUUUCAAGUCAUCUGAUUCUUUUAAAUUAAAAACUUCAAAUAAAGGUGUUGCAAAUGUUAUGAAAACUCAACCUGAAAUUACCAUAUUUACAGCUUCAAGAUCAUUAUUAGGUGAAGCAAUGAGAAAAAGAUUUGAUGAAACUUUUGCAGGAUUAUAUUCAGAUUUAGAUAAAGGUUUUACUCCGAUAAAUUUUGUAUUCCCAAAUUUACCAUUACCUCAUUAUUGGAAAAGAGAUGCUGCUCAACAAAAGAUAUCUGAAACGUAUAUGAAAGAAAUCACUAAAAGAAGAAAAACUGGAGAUAUUGAUGAAAAUAGAGAUUUAAUUGAUUCAUUAUUGGUUCAUUCAACUUAUAAAGAUGGUAUUAAAAUGACUGAUCAAGAAAUUGCUAAUUUAUUAAUUGGUGUAUUAAUGGGUGGACAACAUACUUCUGCUUCUACAUCUGCUUGGUUUUUAUUACAUUUAGGUGAAAACCCGUCUUUACAAGAUGAAAUUUACAAAGAAAUUUCAGAAGUUAUAAAAUCAAAGGGACAAGGUGGUUCAUUAGAUGAUAUAACUUAUGAAGAUUUACAAAAAAUGCCAUUAAUUAAUAACACUAUAAAGGAAACUUUAAGAAUGCAUAUGCCGUUACAUUCAAUAUUCAGAAAAGUCUUAUCUCCAUUAGUUGUACCAAAUUCAACUAUGGUUGUACCAAAAGGACACCAUGUAUUAGUAUCACCAGGUUAUGCACAUAUAAAUGAAAGAUAUUACCCUAACGCAUCAAAAUUUGAUCCUCAUAGAUGGGAUGAAACAUCAACAACAACAACAACAAACAAAGAAUCAGAUGAAGUUGAUUAUGGUUUCGGUAAAGUAAGUAAAGGUGUUUCAUCAUCUUAUUUACCAUUUGGUGGUGGUAGACAUAGAUGUAUUGGUGAACAAUUUGCUUAUGUUCAAUUAGGUACUAUAUUAUCAACUUUUAUUUAUAAUUUGAGAUGGAAAUUAAAGGAAAACAAAGUACCGAAUGUUGAUUAUAAUUCAAUGGUCACCUUACCUGAAGAACCUGCUGAAAUUGUUUGGGAAAAAAGAGAAACUUGUUCAAUAUAG